GCGCAGUGUAGAAGCGAGAGUGGCACAAAGCUUCGGGAAUUGGAACGAGUCGGGACGCAGCGUCGCGGGUAUCGCAGGUUCAACCCUUUGAUCUGGUCUAGACCGGCAUACACUACGCCCUGCCGAAGAUGGACGAAAUCAACAAGAUUCCACCGGUCACUCGCACCAUGCUGGCUUCGCUCAUGGCAGUGACCAUCCCAGUGCUGCUCAAGCUCAUCAGCCCCUACCACUUCAUUCUUUGGUGGCCCAUGAUCACCAAGAAAUGGCAAUUCUGGAGGUUCUACACUGCUUUCUUCUUCGGAUCAAGUGGCAUACAGUUCUUGUUCGAUGUGUUCAUGCUUUUCCGCAACGCUUCAGAGCUCGAGAUCGGUCAUUUUCAUCGUCGCACAGCCGACUUUGUCAGGGCUAUCUUCGUCGUGGCCAUCGUCAUCGUAGCGACGAAUUAUCCGCUGUCCAACAGCGUCCUCUUUCAUCCAUUGCUCAGUGGCUUGAGUUACCUGUGGUCGAGAGCCAAUCCGCAUGGCAGCGUGUCUCUCUUUGGAUUCGUGACGAUCCCGGCUCGAUGGGUGCCUUACGCCUAUCUGGGGCUAGACGUGCUGAUGGCGGGACCACCCCAAGCCAUUCUGAGCGCGACGGGCAUCAUAGGAGGACACACGUACUGGUUUCUAGAGCACAUUCUGCCCGAGUCUAAUGGAGGAAGGGGCCCAAGGUACCUGCCAGCUACGCCUGCUUGGCUUAGGAGACAGUUGCCUGAUAGUGUGGAUCCCAACCAGAGGGGGGGAGGAGGGCAAGGCGGAGGAGGGGCAGGUGCUUGGGCACCUAGGGGACGCGCCUUCGGUGAUGGUGGAGGAAGUGCAACCACAUCUUCUUCUGGAGGAUCUGCUGCGAACAUGGCUGGCAGAGGCAGAUCGCUUGGAAGCAAUUCUGGAACGGGAAGCAGCUGGACAAGCACAAUCAGCAACUGGAUGACUGGUACUGGAGCUGGUGGAGGAGGAUCUGCGGCUAGCUACGCUGCUCCUUCAGCCUCUGGAUCACGCACCAGCAAUGUCGGAGGCCCAAAUAGGGAAGAGAUGUAUCGAGCGGCCGAAGCGAGACUGAAGAAGAUGAGGGAAGGCAGCAUCGCCGGCAAGAACGAAAAGGCGAGCGCAUUAGCCGCUGCUGCUCGAGCUGCCAACGCAGAAAGUGCGUUUACGCGCAGGACAACAGCCGGCUCGGUCGGCUCGAGCGGUUUUGCGCGAUCCGCAACUUUUGCGGAGAUGAAAGCGAGGGAGGAAAAGGAGUCUGAAGGGGGGAACAAGACCGGAAGUGCGAGUGGAGGAAGGGUGAUGGAGGAACGAAGAGAUGCGGACGAUGAUCCAGAUGACGCACGUCAACGAGCCGGGGUGAGCUCUGAUGGCCCUGCUGAUAGCUGGAAAGGCAAAGGAAGAACACUUGCGGAUUGAUCACGACGGCAGAUGACGGAGCUCUAGCACUCGGUCAAUCACGAAUGUUGGCAAUCUGUCUGAGGUCUCUUUGCUGCUUCAAUCACAAUGUCACAACGAUCUUGGGGCUCAGCAAAUUUGGCGCAAACAGUCUGCAUGGUUUGGGUGUGAGACACUACGUGAUG